UUUUUUAUCUUCGGCUUAUCAGCUUAAAUUCUCGAUCUGCCCUUAAGAGAAGAGGGCCGUUCCUAUACCUUCUUAUUAUCAGUCUAUAAUACGAGAUAUUCUUCAUCAUCAUGGCUAUUCUCGACAGCGAGCACCAGGCCCAGUUAAGCAAGGUCUCUUCCGAAGCUUCAAGAGGCCCUAUAAGUAUACAAAUAAGUGGUGAUACUGACUUUGACUACAUCAUUAACGUGGCCAAUGGUGCCUUUAAGUACGAGGUCAAUAUGGUGAGAGCCUCUGGAAAACUGACCAUUACUGUCACCCACAAUUUCAACACCGAAGGUAUCUAUUGCAUCACUGCAGAGCACCCAAAGCCCCUGUUGAAUGCCGACGCUGGAGACCCUUGCACCUGUGCCCUCAUAAUUGAUUGUUUUGAUGUAGUUGUCUGCGGCGGUGACUUUAAAUACAGUUACAGCACGAACGGGUGUGGUGGCACAGUGGAGAAGUUUUGUACGGAGCUCAAGGCUGUAGCCUGCGGUAAUGGAGGACACAACUUGAACGUCUGCAGCAAGUACAGCACAGGAGGCUAUGUUUACGAUGAAGACAGCAUGAUAAGUACUUGCCAAAAGAGGCUCACUAUAAAUUCUGUCGCUGAUGGAGAAUCCGAUUUACCGAUCACCAAGGUCGGCAUUGAAACUGGAUGCAAUGCGAAGUUCACCAUGGUCGCAUCUGAUGCUGAAUGCUCGUUGAAUAUUGUCACGCCUUUAGGAAUGCACAAGAAGAAGAUCUCCUAUGGUAAAAAAUGCAUUUUACAGGUCAGGAACGAUUAGGAGGAUGAAGGCCAAGAGAUGAAGGUGAGGGAGCGAGAUUAAGGCUGGAAAAAUCAUGCUCAUGAUUAUAAUUUUUGGAAUCAUCAUCAAUCAUGUAAUGUCUUUCAGUCAUCAAUUAAUUUUGAAACUCUUCUUCCUCUAUUCUAUUGAAUUUAGUAACUAGAUGACCGAUUUGUCAUUCCAAUCUUGACAUAGCUUGAUGAGUGAAGUUCUUAAGUUCUUGUA